CUUACAGCGCGUGAGCGUCCAAACCGAACGCACCCCAUAUAUUGCACAUAACCUAGAAGUUUCUAGUGUUGGCUAGUCUUUCUCUCUCUCUCAGCAAUUGCAAUUUAAAUCGAGAAAAAUUCGGAAGGUUGCAUUGAUUUAGCAGCUCAGCGUAAUUUAUCGAUAGGCGCAUCGAUGCCGAAAUACUAUUGCGACUACUGUGACACUUAUUUAACACAUGACUCGCCGAGCGUACGGAAGACCCAUUGCCAGGGUCGUAAGCACAAGGAUAAUGUAAAGUAUUUCUACCAGAAAUGGAUGGAGGAACAGGCCCAGCAUUUGAUCGACGCGACGACGGCCGCUUUCAAGGCCGGUAAGAUUGCCUCCAACCCUUUUGCGGCCAACAAGGGCGCGGCGAUACCACCGCCGCCGAACCUCGGCUCCAACCUUGGCUCAAGAUCCGGAGUACCGCCACAGGGACCUCCGGGAAUGAUGCCACCGCCGGGUAUGCAUCCAGCUGGUCCGAUGGGGCCAGGAGGUCCGAUGAUGAUGGGACCGCAUGGACCGAUGCCACCUCCUAUGAUGGGCAUGAGACCACCUAUGAUGGGACCGAUGGGACCGAUGGGUCCUAUGAUGGGCCCUAUAGGUCCUAUGGGACACAUGAGACCACCGAUGAAUGGACCGCCGCCUCCAAUGGUCGGCCCACCGCCAAUGAAGAAAUAACAAUCAGACUAAGGACAUUUAUCUCUUGUGUGUCAUGUUGGAUUCGAUUGAAACCAAACCGAACUUUGGUUGUGAACGUGAUUACUAGAGUGAUAUAUUACACAUACACUAAAUUGCAUACAUUAUUUAAGAAUUCUGUACAAACCGUAACACUAACUACAAUUUGGAACUUUCUAUAACAUUUGUUGUUUAUAACAUUGAUUUGUAUCUAAAUGAUUCAUGAAUUUUUUUUCAAAUGUAACUAACAAUUUUCAUAUAGUAUACAUCUUUAUAUCACUCAUUUAGCGCAAUAAAUUAUAACAAUAAUAAUUUAAAAAGUGGAAGCACCAAGUAAAAUAUGCAAUUUGAA